AUGAGAGCUGCUGCAGCAACACCAGCAGCAGCAGCAGCAACAGCAGCAACAAGAGCAGCAGCAGCAACCAAACUAACAACAAAAGCAGUAAUUCCACAAUACCAGCUGCAGCAGCAACAGCAGCAGCAACAGCAGCACCAACAGCAACAGCAGCAGCAGCAGCAACAGCAGCAACAGCAGCAGCAACAGCAGCAACAGCAGCAGCAGGAACAGCAGCAGCAGCAACAGCAACAGCAGCAACAGCAGCAGCAGCAGCAGCAGCAGCAAAAGAAACAUACAGCAAAGACUUGGUUGUCUUUGUCUGCUCUUCGGUGCAGCAGCCGCAGCAGCGGAUUUAGCUGCUGGUGA